AUGCAUUCAGCAUUACGACCCAAACCACAAUUAAAACAGACACAUUCAUCCAUUAUACCAUCAACAUUGCCUAGCCAAAAAACUUAUCAAAAUGGACAUUCUUCAAAACAAUCGCAUACAAAUGGUAACGGAUAUCAUCAUCAGUCUACUCAACAAUCUCUUUCAUCCAACUCGUCAACAUUAGAACGGGCUCAAAAUGGAUCAUCUACUUCACCAUUACAAACAAUAUUUCAAUGGUCAUUAGGUUUAAUUAAUUCGAAAGGAAAAUAUUUGACAUCUGAAAAUUUUGGUUGUAAAAUUAAUGCUACUGGAAAUAGUUUGCGUAAAAAACAAAAAUGGACAAUACACUAUAAUAUUCAAGAUGAUUCUGUCUAUUUAAUGAGUCCAUUAAAUUAUUAUUUAUCAACGGAUAAAUAUGGUCGUUUAACGUGUGAUAAAUCAACACCUGAUGUCGAUUGUCAGUAUCAAUUAGAAUUUUCGAAUCAUCCAUUAACAAAUGGCCGUUGGGCAUUUAAAAGUGUUGUCUACGGAAUGUUUCUGGGUGGUGAUGAUGAUCAUCUGCAUUGUUUUAGUAAAACACCAGAAUGGUGGUGUCCACAUCUUGCCUUACAUCCACAUAUUAAUCUAAAACACAUUUUACGAAAGAAAUAUGCACGAUUAGAUGAAAAUGAAAUUCAUAUUGAUGAAAUUGUUCCUUGGGGAUCGAAUGCAUUAAUAACAGUUGAAUAUUGUGAUGGUAGAUAUGCUAUUCGAACAUGUGAUGGACUUUAUUUUCAUAAAGAUGGAAAAUUAAUGCAACAAUGUACAGAUGAAUCAUUAUUCACUAUUGAACUUAACAAAGGAUAUUUGGGAUUUAAAGAUAGCGAACAGCGGUAUUUAACAGCUGUUGGUCCACAAGGUAUAAUGACAACGAGAAAUAAAGUGGGUGGAAAAGAUGAGUUAUUUCUAUUAGAAGAAAGUGUUGAUGUAUCAGCAAAUCAAACAGAAGCAGGUGAUAGUGGAAUAUUUCAACUUGAAUAUGAUGAUGAAACUGCUGCCUAUCAUAUUCGAGCAUGUAAUAAUAAAUAUUGGAAACUUGAGGGAAAUGGAAUACAAGCCACGGGUGAAAAACAGAUGAGUGAAACGUCAUUUCAAAUUCAAUCUCUAAAUGAUGGUCGUAUUGCAUUUCAAGCACCAAAUGGAAAAUAUAUUCUACCACAUGCCACUGGACAUAUGCGUGCUGUUAGCGAUACUCCAUCAACAACUGAAACAUUUUUAUUAAAAUUUAUUAAUCGUCCCAUAAUCGUUUUGAAAUGUGAUUAUGGUUUAGUAGGAUACCGUAAUAAAACAUGUUAUAAGUUAGAAUGUAAUAAAUCAACGUUUCAUGUGUUUUCAAUGGAAGAUGCUCAUGAUGGCAGCUAUCAUUUAAAAGGUUCACAUGGACUCUAUUGGGAAUUGUCAAAUGAUUUGAGUAUAAGUGUUAGCGGACGAGAACCAUCAAAAUUUUCUAUUGAACUUUGUCGACAAAAUCGAAUAAUUAUUAAAGCACCAAAUGGACAGUAUUUAAAAGGUGAACAAAAUGGUGCAAUUACAACAUGUUCAACGGUGAAUCAAGCAACACUAUGGGAAUUUUAA